GUGCCCCAGUGUAUGGCCACAGUUUUGCUACAAAGUAUGCGUGCGCUUAUUUAUGUGCAACGCUUUGUUAUUUGCGCAUGUAGUUGCUGUGUUUUGGUAUUUGUGCCUGUGAGAGCUUUUUUUCGCUUGUGUCGCAGCGGGCAGAACAGUCACCAGCAUUUGUACGUACAGCAACGACGCCCGUUCAUAUUUGCGCGGAUUCUUUUUGCGAAUUAGUAACGCGCAAGUGGAUAACCAACAACUUAGCUGAAAUAAGAAGGCGUAAACAAGAGGUAGAACAACAACAAAAACAAUAGCGCUAGCAUAACGGACGAAAGAAGAAAGUUGAAUGCAAAAACAAGAAAAACUAAAAAAUAUAUCUACUUUAAAAAAGAAAUUUGUUAACGCGAGCAGCGCCCUACGUUCACAGUGGGCCGGCCAAAGUAGCCAAGUUGGUAUACGCGUUUGAACGCCAGCCGCAGCAGUGCUAGUGACAGUUGUUGGGACGGCUUGAACACACCGCUAGCGAAUAGCGAGCUGCGUGCGAAUUUAGCGAAAAAAUUAGUGAUCGAUAGCGAAAAAUGCGAGUAAGGAAGUAAGGAUUUGAAAUAAAAAUUAAAAAUCCAAUAUACAAUUUGAAAAACGAUAUAUAUAUUAUGAAAAUUUGCGUUCUUUUAACUGCUUUUGAAUCUCAUCUGACUUGUGUAACGAAAAUCAGCGCCACGAAUCGUCUGUGAAGAUCCUGCGCCGAUACGCCGCCAACACAAAAGGCAUUCACACGCACCGAGCAAGGGGCCGCUUUGUGGCAGCAGGCGCCACGCUGCGCGCCUUUAUUCAACUACCUGUCAACGCUUUGGCACUUUCUGACAGAUUAACAGACGCACAGAGGAUACAACAAAGCCGCAUUAAAAGGUCAGCAAGAGAGCUAAACAAAAGCAGGCCAAUAGGAUUUUUUUUGCAAAGGAAAGCAGAAUUUUAGAAAACAUAAAAAUCGGAACUGCUAUCCAGUUGGUAGAGAAAAAAAUAAACAAAAAAAGAAGCAAAAAGUAGCAAAAAAAGUAAGACACAAAUUACAAAGCAAAAUUCGGCAAUUCUUUGCCUUUUCCGUAGUGUUACCGAAUUUGCCACAAAAGAAAUUCAAUUAGUGCUGUGUAAUUGUGCGACGGCUUAGUUGAAUGAGCGGUGAGCGAACAAAAGACCAAGCAGGCGAGCGGGCAGCAACAAAAGGAACGAAAUUAAAAAGUGAGCAAAAUUGUGUAUAAAAAAACCUUGAACAAAAUAUAUAUAUUUUUUUAUAAAAUAAUUGUGCAAAAAAUUUAAAUUAAAUCAAUGCAAAUCUGUGCGAAUUCAUGAAAAGUUAUUAUAAAGCGAAGAACACGUGCGCGUCUUUAUAAUUCAUACACACAUGCAUAUGUAGCUGCAAUGCAAAGUGAUAAAGUGCUAAUUAUUGCAAACAAUAAGAUCUAGUAAACAAAAAAAAAAUUAAACGUAGGUCCUGUGCUUUGGCAUAUUUGAUUGAUCGCCGGCGCGUUAGAUACUCAAUCAUUCAUGACAUGUGACAACUUUCUUAACUCUCCUAUAAAUGUGCAACUUUAAAAGCAAUUGUUUUUCUUUUUGUUCGUAAGCCCCUUCAAAAGUACUCGUAAAUUUCCGCAACUGCAGUGCAAAGCAAACAAAUUUGUCAUAAUUAAAUUUUGCUUUUAAGUGAACGUUGCAUAGUGCAAAAAAUAAAAGAAAUACAAAUACAUACAUACAAACAAACAAACAGCAGCAUUUGUCACCAAUCAUCGAUCGUUACGUUCAGCAGCACCAAGCCGGUAAAAUGUUAACGGAUAUGACACCGACGGCCGGACAAUUGUACGGCUCACAAAUUCCUGCCAUGGGCAUGAAUAUCGGCAAUAUCGCUACGCAUCUGCAGAAGCCACAAGUUAAUCCGGAUCAUCCCAGUCUGCGUGGCACACCCCUCGCGAUGUUAGCUGCGCAGUGCAAUAAAUUGUCGAGCAAAUCACCUCCUCCGCUGGCCGACGCCGCUGUAGGUAAAGGCUUCCACCCUUGGAAGAAAAGUCCCACAUCGCCGUCGAGCGGUGGCGGCAGCAGUGGCGCAUCGAGUGGUUCUCUUUCCGGCGCUGCCGGUGGACAACACUCGCCAUGCACCAUAUCUUCCGCUUCGUCGUCCUCGGGUUCGGGCUCGUCAGCUAGCAGUUUGGGCUUGGGCGGCACUUCAUCUGCGGCCUCAUCGCGCAGUCUACCCUCAUCCAGCAUCAAUACAAUGGUCAACAUCACUGCUAGCAUUUAUCCUUACAGUCGUCCGAUUCCAUCGUCAUGUGCUGCGGUCAGCAAUCCCUCGGCCUACGGUGGUGAUUUGUACUUCCCGAAUACGAGCAGUGCCGGCGGUGGCAUGGUAGCCGAUAAUCAUCAUAUGCAUCAGGGUCUGCUGGGCAAGGUGGAAGGUGCAACAUUCGGUUCGGUGUACUCACGCCAUCCCUAUGACUGGCCAUUCAAUGCCGUCACCCAUAAAGCGGCCGAAGCUGCAAGCGUUAAUUCUGGCUGGUGGGAUAUGCACAGCGCUGCGGGUAGCUGGCUCGAUAUGGGUGGCGCCGGCAUGCACUCAACAAUGGCCAAUUACGCCACAGCCGCCGGUUCCGACUACUCAUCCGCGCUGUCACAUUCGCUCUCCAACACCGCCCAUCUGCUGGGCUCCGGUCAACAUCUGCUGCAGGACACAUACAAGAGCAUGUUGCCCGGUCAGGGCGUGGGUGGCUUCUCGCUGCCACACAGCUCACCAUCGGCCGGCUCCACUGCGGCCUCGCCGCAAGCAUCCACGCCAUCAACACCAUCGCCACGUUCGCAGCGACGCUAUGCCGGCCGCGCCACAUGCGAUUGCCCCAAUUGUCAAGAAGCUGAACGGCUCGGCCCAGCCGGCGUGCACUUGCGCAAGAAGAACAUACACUCGUGCCACAUACCUGGCUGUGGUAAAGUGUACGGCAAGACGUCGCAUCUGAAGGCACAUCUGCGCUGGCACACCGGCGAGCGUCCGUUCGUUUGUAAUUGGCUCUUCUGCGGCAAACGUUUCACCCGCUCCGAUGAGCUGCAACGCCAUCUGCGCACACAUACGGGCGAAAAGCGUUUCGCUUGCCCCAUCUGUAACAAGCGCUUCAUGCGCAGCGAUCACCUAGCCAAGCAUGUGAAGACGCACAACGCCACCGGUCAGGGUGGCAGUAUGAAGAAGGGUUCAUCAGAGUCGUGCAGCGAUUCGGAGGAGCCCGGAAAUCAGUCAGGCGAAUCGAAUGGCCUAUCAGGUGGCAAUGGCCAGCAGAGUGGUAGCAAUAGCCAUCCGGGUACGCCAAAUUCACAUCAGUCAGGCGGAAAUACAACACCCACUGGUGGGCUGUUGUCAAGCGGCUUGCAUCUUUCAUCGCCACACAACAUGUCCGGUGGUUCGCCAGUGAUGCUACAUGCGCACCAACAACAACAUCAUCAACAGCAGCAGCAGCAGCAGCAACAACAACAACAGGCACACGCGCAAGCGCAAGCGCAGGCACAGGCCCAAGCGCAGGCGCAACUGCAACAUCAUCAGCAGCAGCAACAUGCGCAUGCGCAUGCGCAUUUGCAUCAACAUCAUCACCAUCAUUUGCUGGGAAGCUCGGCGCCCAGUCCGGGUUUGGAUCAUCACAGCACGCUGGUGGACAUAAAGCCACCGAUGGUUUGAGGUUCAUUGGGACCCUUUCUAUUUACCAACUGAGGUGAGAUCGAGAACGGGUCCUACGAUGAACUAUUUUGGCAACUGAUGAGCUGAAGGAAAACCGCCUACAGAUGAGAUGCAUUGGCUUGUAUGUAUUGUAUGAGAAGGGUAGAGGAGGCGGCUAAAAUACCAGUGAGGUGGAAUAGAUAACGAAUUGUAAAUAGGCUUGUAACAUUGUGUUGUUGUAAAAUGUAAAACAAUCAAAAAUGCUAAACUAAAUGUACAACAAAAGUUAAAGAAAAAAAAAUCCUUAAGAGAACUGCAAACACGAUUUUAAACAAGAAUUCUUGUAAUUAUAAAGUAUGAAAUUCUAUUUCAAAAUCAAUACAAAUUUAUUUAAAUAUGUAGUUUAAGAAAAAGUAUGUAUGCCGAAAAAAAAAAUCAAAUAACGUCACUGAAAAUUUGUUUCUCUAACUAAAACCAUAUUUGAUAAUUUUCAAAAUAAAAUAUCACUGUAGCUGCGGAUAAUGAAUAACAACAAGAAAAAAUUUCUAGUCCAAUUAAAAAAUAUUAAAAAAAUUAAAAUAAUAAAAAAAGUGACGAUUACGAUUUAAAUCUAAAAACCGCUUGAAUUUGCUUGUGAAAAUACUAAGCCUCUAAUCUUUAAGCCUCUAAGCCUUUGAGCCACCUGUUUGUUGGUGGGCGCUCAUUUUAAUUUUUAUAAGAAAUCUUAAAUAAAUGAAUGGUCAAAUAAAAUUUUUAAAACCGAGUAAGACCACAUGAAGUGUACCACGAAAAUUUGGCUAAGUCACGGAAUUUUGAAAAAGUAUAUCAUUUGUAAAGUGCUUAUAAUGCUUAUGCUGGCAUAUACAAAUUUUGAAAGAUUAAAAAAUAAAAUUAUUGAAAAACUAGCAAAUAGCCAGCGUGUUUCACUGCGCCUUAAAAGUGUAUCGAGGGCUGAUAUUUAAGUUAUUAUUAAUGUUCACAA